AUGAAUUCUGCAUUAAAUGCAGAAAUUUUGAGUGCAAUUGACAAUGCAAUGAGACAAUGUAAUACUUUCGCAAAUGCGUAUCAAAUGAUGAAGGAAGAAUUGGAUUCUAUGACUGUCGAAAAUAAUGGUAACGAACCUGAAUUACAACUGUUGUUUACAUUAAAAAAAGGACAAGAUAAAAGACGUUACAAUUUUCAAAGAGUUAAUGAAGUUGCUGCAAUUUUUUCCACUACUGCAGAUGGAGAAAUUUCGGAAUCGUAUGUUACAAUACGUAACAAAAAUACUAAGGAUUUACAAUAUGUUAGCUCAAUGGAUGCUAAUGUUGAACCAUGGACUUAUCCAUUAUUCUAUUCUCACGGGACAAAAGGUUGGUGUGAUAAUCUAAAAAUGGUUAGCAGUAAUCGUAGAGUAACUAGAAAUGCUUACAUUAAGUACCGAAUGGCUAUUCGAAAUGAAACAAAUUACAUUUUGAUGGGAAGACGUUUAUUUCAACAAUGGACUGUUGAUACAUAUGAAAGUCUCUUACAACACUUGGAGAAAACUGCAGAAAAUACAAGCAGUCGUGUUGGAAAAGUAAUUGUUCUACCCUCUACUUAUCCAGGAUCACCAAGAAAUAUGUUACAAAAUUAUCAAGAUGCAAUGACCAUAGUACGAAAAUUUGGUAAACCUGAUUUAUUUAUUACAAUGACUUGCAAUCCAAAGUGGAGAAAAAUUACAGAAAAUUUGUUGGAUGGACAAACUGCUUCUGAUAGACCUAAUUUAGUGGCUCGUGUUUUUGAAUUAAAAAAAGAAGAACUCCUUAACAUAAUAGUUAAAGAAAAAUUAUUUGGUGAAUUGCAAGCUUACGUUUACGUUGUUGAAUACCAAAAACGUGGAUUACCACAUGUUCAUUUAUUGAAUAAUUUAAAACCCAAUUCUAAAAUUACAACUCCUGAAAUUGUAGAUAAAUUUAUUUCAGCUGAAAUUCCUCAUCCAACAGAUAAUCCAAGAUUACAUAACAUCAUUGAUGCCAAUAUGAUUCAUGGUCCUUGCGGAGACUGGUGCUUAGAUAAAAAUGGCAAAUCUUCAAAAAAUUAUCGAAAACAAUUUAAUGAUCAAACGACUAUGGAUGAAGACGGUUAUCCCCACUAUAGACGACGAAAUACUGAGACAUAUAAUCGUCGUGAUGGAUUUCAAUAUGAUAAUCAACGCGUUGUACCCCAUAAUAAAGAAUUCUUAUUGCGAUUAAAUUGCCAUAUUAACGUAGAAGUAGUUACAAGUAUUAAAGCAGUAAAAUAUCUGUAUAAAUAUAUUUACAAAGGACACGAUGCUGCUGUUGUCAUUCAAGAAACACAAAACAAUGAUAAUAAUAAUCAAGAAUUGGGGGUUAUUGAACAUGAUGAAAUUAAAAAUUAUGUUGAAACUCGCUAUGUUAAUCCACCUGAACCAUGUGGCCGUAUAUUAAGCAACAAUUCGCAAGGAAAAAGUCAUACAAUUUAUCGACUUCCUAUUCACUUGCCAAACCAGCAAACAGUUGUUAUAAAUAAUGUAGAUGAUCAAAAUUCAGUUAGAUCUGCGUUGAAUAAAUCUACUCAUUUUCAUUCAUUGUCAACCUUUACGACCGGAAGAACUAUGGGAAGAGUUUGA